GGUUGCUAGGUGAACCAGAACCCUAGAGGAAGUUGUUGCACUGUGAACUAAGUGUUUUUCUGUCUGGGGGGCUAGAAGAGUAACAAGAGCACUGCGGCUGUGGAUCUGGACUCAGACUGCUUCUACGCCCAGUGGUCCACAGGGAAGGAACAUGGAGGCCAUGGCUGCUCUCCGUUCCCAGCAGAAAGGCUAAGAGAGGCUUGAUUCGUCCUCGUGACUUCUUUUCCUGCCGGCCGGCCUCGCCUCGUCAUGGCCAGCGGGAGUCCCACCGUGAGCCGGGAAGCCCGGGAGUCAGCUCCGGAGACGCCCGAGGCUGCCGCCAACCUGCAGGUGUUCUGCAAACUGUGCCUCAGCGAGCAGCCAUCGACAGCCACCACAGGACUGCAGAGCUGCAAGUGCAUCUACUGCACAGCGUGUUUGCAGCAGUAUGUUCAGCUAGCCAUAAUGGAGGGUGGGGGGGCACCAAUCACCUGCCCCGACAUGGCGUGCCGAAAGACUGGAGUGCUGCUGGACUCAGAGAUAGCUGCUUUGGCAGCAGCAGGUCAGGUGGAGCUGUAUCUGCGUCUCAAGUUUGAGAGAGGAGUGAAGCUUGACCCCAGUAAAGCCUGGUGCCCGGUGCUUGAAUGUCAGGCUGUGUGUAAUGUGGAGCAGAGCACCGAAGGCCACCCCGCCGCUGUGCCCUGCCCGACCUGUCACACCGUCUUCUGCUCCGGCUGCAGAGGGCCCUGGCAGGAUGGCCACGCUUGCCCCGAGCGGCAGGCCAUGAUGACGCCUUCUCAUCAAAGCAGGACACGCUCAGACAGUGACUCUGACAUGCCCAUCAAGCAGUGUCCUAUGUGUGGUAUCUACAUCGAGAGAAACCAAGGCUGUGCACAGAUGCUGUGUAAAAGCUGCAAACACACCUUCUGCUGGUACUGUCUGCAGAAUCUGGAUGGUGAUAUCUUUUUGAGACAUUAUGAUAAGGGGCCAUGCAGAAACAAGCUGGGACACUCCAGGGCCUCGGUUAUGUGGAACAGAACGCAGGUGGUGGGGAUCCUGGUGGGAGUCAGUAUCAUUGUGCUGGUGACGUCACCUCUCCUCCUGCUGGCCUCGCCCUGCAUCCUGUGCUGUGUUUGCAAGCCCUGCAAAGGGGACAAGAAGAAGAAGAAGAACAAGAGCAAGAAGGACCUCAGCCAGUCAGACACCUCCACAUCAUAGCAGCUCCCUGCUUUCAUCUGUCCGCACAGGAUCACUCUGCUAACCUCAUGAAUGCCAAGGAAAGUUUAAGCGCUGCAUGAUGGGAAUAAAAAACACUCAUGAACUAAUGGAUUACCUUUUUUUUCUUUUUUUUUUGGAAGCCCUCUAAGUGAGCGGGUUUUCCGGACUUUUACAUUAUGCCUCAGUGAGAGGGCUGCUCAAAAAUCACUCUUGAAUCACGAGAGUGCGUACUUUAUAUGGUGGGUGUGUAAAUGUGAGGAGAAUGAAUGUAAGUCACUUGUCUAGCCAGUUUUCAGAGGCACAACAAGAUAAUUAGGAGACAGCAAUAGGUGUGAAUCUCCCUCGACAGGGCUCUCUUUUUCUCACCAACACACCUACACAAACACAUACAUGCAGUUUAAAGUGCAAAGCCACCCUCAUGUGCCAAAUGUCAUGAAGCCAAACCAGAAGUGUUGGGCGCUCAAGUGCCUCGCUCUACAGUGCCUGGUGCUUGGUUCGAUUUGCUUUGCCUUUCAUUCUGUCUUAUGCAAAUAAUUUUAGCGUUAUGGAAAUGGACAACCAUCAGGAUCCUGCAUGGUUAUAAACGCCGCAGUGAUGCAAAACAUUCUAAGGUGUUAGGAGAAGGCAUCUGGAACCAUGUGUGCACUGUAUAAUCUUUACUCAUACGAAACACGAUAAGGCUUCAAUGGUGCACAGAGAGAACUCUUCUUCUGCAGAUGCUUGUUGUUUCCACCUGGUGUAUGUUCCAGACCAAAGGCUCUAAAGAGGACAGUGUGUACUUUUCUAAAGUGUGUUAAUAUGUAUUCAUGGGGAAUGUGUGUAUGGUGUCAUUUCUACAUUUGUUUUGAUGUUUCGGCAUCAAAUAUUUUAUAAAAGCGCCAUUGUAAAUGGAAAAUAAACACGAUGAACUGAACAUG